AGCGAAAAUACAAUCUUUGCACGACCGGCAGGGCCAUCACAACACCAUGGGCUGCGCCGAUAUCCGCUUGGCCUCGCCGCAGGAGCACGCCGAUCUCGAGCAGCUGCUGCAUGCGUUCGACUCUGCUCAGUGCAAGCUCUCUACGGAGCCCACCCAUGUUGGCCAGAAGCAUGUCUUUGUCGCGGAAACCAUGGGUCCUAUCGGCGUCCUUGUGCUUCUACGAGACCAGGACACGGCGGUGAUUGAUGCGCUCGGUGUCGAUCCCAUCCAGCGCGGCCAAGGUGUGGGGUCGGACCUUGUGGACGCGGCUGAGCGCUUCCUUGCAUCCGAGGCAAAGGACCCGAGUCGGUACCUCGCGCUCGCGUGCGUCCCAUCUGACGCCACUGAGCGGUUCGUACGUCGCAUGGGCUUUGUCGAAUACAGCGGCGAAGUUGAUGCAGUGACGGGUGACCGCCGCGUCGUGUACCGUAAACCGGUUGGCGACCACCAUGUCCCAGACCCAGACGCCUCCAUGGGUGAUGUCAUGGGCGCGUUCCUUGCCCAAGUGGAUGGGCCGCGGACGGAGGAACCUUCGCUAGAGGCAUCCGCAAAGACGCCGCUCUUCGCGUCCAUCCUCUCGACCAUGCGCUUGGAUACACUGGAGGCGCUCGCAACAGACUUGAGCAACACCGCUUCCAUCGAGGUGCUGCACGACGACGACGAUCACGAGACGCCCGAGAGCCUCGACUCGCUCGUGCGCCUGCUCAUGACGCAGCUGCGCGAUCCAAGCCAUGAAGAGCUUGUCAUGUCGUUUCGACCAACUCUGGAGGCGUCGGAGGAUAAGGAGUAGCCGUAAUCCGGCUGCGCCCAAGAGAAGUUCUCACGACCGGCAACGACAGAUUCCUUCCGUGCAGCUGUGGAAGCGCCAAAGUCACAGCCUUGGCCAUA